AUGAGCAACAGCAGCCUCCAAAAGCCCAUUGAUGUGGCUGAGUACCUCUUCAAGCGACUCUACGAGGUCGGCGUUCGAUCUAUUCACGGUGUUCCAGGCGAUUACAACCUUGUCGCCCUCGACUAUCUUCCUCAAUGCAACCUCAAGUGGGUCGGCAGUGUUAACGAGCUCAAUGCUGCCUACGCUGCUGACGGUUACGCCCGUGUCACCAAGAUGGCUGCUCUCAUCACCACCUUCGGUGUUGGUGAGCUCUCUGCCAUCAAUGGUGUUGCUGGAUCUUACUCUGAGCACAUUCCCGUUGUCCACAUUGUUGGAUGCCCCUCUACCAUCUCUCAGCGUGACCAAAUGCUUCUUCACCACACUCUCGGCAAUGGUGACUUUGACGUCUUUGCCAACAUGAGUUCUCAAAUCUCCUGCAACGUUGCCAAGCUCAACAAGCCCUCUGAGAUUGCUGAGCAGAUCGAUACUGCUCUCCGCACCUGCUGGCUCCGCUCUCGUCCUGUGUACAUCAUGGUCCCUACCGAUAUGGUCCAGGAGAAGGUCGAGGGUGCUCGCCUUGACACCCCUAUUGACCUGUCUGAGCCAAAGAACGAUCCUGGUAACGAAGACUUCGUUGUUGAUGAGAUCCUCAAGGCCAUGUACGCCGCCAAGCGUCCUGUGAUCCUCGUCGACUCCUGCGCCAUUCGCCACCGUGUUGUCGAAGAGGUUCACCAGCUUGUUGACAAACUGGACCUUCCUGUAUUCGUUACCCCUAUGGGCAAGGGCGCAGUGAACGAGGAUCAUCCCAACUACGGCGGUGUCUUUGCUGGUGAUGGCUCUCACCCUCCUCGUGCCCAGACCAUUGUCGAGGAAUCUGAUCUCCUCCUUACCAUUGGUGCUCUGAAAAGUGACUUCAACACCACCGGUUUCUCCUACCGCACAUCUCAAAUCAACUCGGUUGAUUUCCACAGCACUCACUGUAAGGUCCGAUACUCCACAUACCCCGGCGUUGCCAUGCGCGGCGUCCUCCGCAAGAUCAUCGACAAGGUUGACCCCAAGUCUAUGCCUGCUCCUUCCAUUCCCGAGGUCAGGAAUGAGGUUGAGAAGAACAAUGAUGACUCAGAGACCAUUACACAAGCCUGGUUCUGGCCUCGCGUCGGCGAAUACCUCAUCCCCAAUGACAUUGUCGUCACUGAGACUGGUACCGCUAAUUUUGGCAUCUGGGACACUCGUUUCCCUCGUAAUGUUACCGCCCUCAGCCAGGUUCUCUGGGGCAGCAUCGGCUGGUCUGUUGGUGCUUGUCAGGGUGCUGCUCUCGCUGCUAAGGAUGCUGGAAAGGACGGCCGAACAAUCCUCUUUGUUGGUGACGGAUCUUUCCAAUUGACUGCCCAGGAGCUGAGCACCAUGAUCCGACAUGGCCUCAAGCCCACGAUUUUCGUUAUCUGCAACGAUGGUUUCACUAUUGAGCGAUUCAUUCACGGCAUGGAUGCUGUCUACAACGACAUUAACAACUGGAAGUACAAGGACCUCGUCAGCGUUUUCGGUGGUGAGAAGACUUGCAAGACGUUCCAGAUCAAGACCAAGAACGAGCUCAACGAGCUACUUACCAACAAGGAGUUCAACGCUGCUGAGUGCUUACAAUUUGUCGAGCUCUAUAUGCCCAGGGAAGACGCUCCUCGCGCUCUGGUUUUGACCGCCGAGGCCAGCGCCAGGAACAACGCCAAGAAGCACUAA